CCUUUCCAUAUAGUUAAAAGAAUAGUUCUCCCAGUGUCUAUGUUAGGGCGUGUUCUCUGAACCACAGAGCACAUCUGGUGAUGUGCUAGUUGAGAAGGAAGAGUAAAAGACAAAAUGGAGAAUGGAAGAGGACGAAAACGAAUCUGGAAGAAUCUCAUAAUUAUCAGAGGUUUGCCCGGAGUUGGAAAGAAGAACAAAGCAAGGAAGCUCCUCUAUGAAUUUGGAUCUGGAGGGAUGUACUCCGCUUCCUACUACCACGCUAUGUCCAACUGGAACAAAGACUACUUCUCACAAAACCAUAUGUGGAAUAGACGGGAUGUUUUUAGAGCCAUGAAGGAAGAUGUGGAUCCGAUCAUCGUUUACAACUUGCACUAUCGUCUUCAAGACAUGUGGCCCUUUGUCACCAUGGGGAUGCGUCGGGGUGACUAUCAAAUCAGUAUUAUUGACCUUCCUGAAAACUAUGUCUCCAUCAACCAGCUGUACAGCAACUGUCUUGGUAAGAUCCGCAAGCAGAUGUUCAGGAACUGGGUGUAUUUCUGGGAAGAAGCUGACGACAUCUGGGAUGUCUAUCACGACAGCUACUCCAUAUACCGCUGGCAGAAUAGCAGAGAGGAAUGGAACUUCUAGUGAAGACACACACACACACACAUUACCUCCAUUUUGUGUGAACAACUUUUUUUUUUUUUUUUUCUUAGCUUUUUUCUAAACGACACUUUUUAAAGAGUAUCGGUUACCUAGCAACCCCUAGAACCCAACGACAACGACUCUCACUGUUGUACUUGUCUUUCUUACACUGACGCCUGUUUUGGUUGUGUCUGAGGCGUUUUGGUAUAUCAUUUCGUUGAGUAGCUGCUCUUGAUUGUCGUCUUGAAGCCACUGGCGUUUUGAAGUUCAGAACGUGAAACUGUAAACUAUAUAUAUAUAUAUAUCCUAUAUAUAUCAAACUAUAUAGAAAUAAUUGUCCUCAGAUUUAAAAAAAAUAAAAAAAUAAAUCAGGAUUAGUGUUUUGGAUAUUUAUCAUCCUGAUCGAGGUGUAGAUUACAUCUCACAUUUCCAGUGUUCAAACAUGUUAACAGGGCUGUAUGUCUCAAUGGGACUCUGUGCAGCCAAUGGCAAUGUCCACUUCGGGUAUAAUCUCGGGAGUCACUUGCGGAUUUGACAGCAAUAACGGAGUUUCACCUUAAAAAAAAAAAAAAUGAUUUGAAUUCAGUCCUAAA